UGGUAAAGACACCUUCCAUCGCUAGCUGUUUACCGUCGUCCUUGUGAGCUCUUUGAACGAAGCAGUUAGCAGCGUAGCGACGCGUCGCUUUCACUGCUCCACGGAACACGUUACGCGUUCAAGUUCGUUCCCUAACCAAAAAGGAGGCCGCAACUGAGUGCGCGCCACCCGAGUGAAAAAAUGGCCACCAUCUCGCAAACGAAAGUGCAGACCUCCGAAGGAUCGGAGACCGAGGCCCCCAGCGGUGCCCGAGUCGUGCUCAGACUGAGGAAGCCGCCUUCCAGGAACAGGCGCCACGUCGCCUGGACCGAGGGCACCGUCGACAACGAGCACAUGAACCGGCUCAAGUCCAAGUGCUGCUGCGUGUACGUCAAGCCGCACAAGUUCGGCGAGAGCUCGAGUGACAGCGAGGAAGAAGAGUGCGAGCACUGUCGGGGCCACGUCGAGCGAAGGCAGAGGAACAAACAGCCCGCUGGCAGCGCGGUUGUGUCGGAGACCUCUGAGACGUCGGCCGAAGGCGCCGUCGAAGACGCUCCGCCUGCCUCGAGGCGCCACGUCGUCUGGGCCGCCAACACUGUGGACAACGAGAACAUGAACAAGCGCAAGUCCAACUGCUGCUGCAUCUUCGAGAAGCGGCGCGAAUUCGGCGAGAGCUCGUCGGACAGCGAGGCGGACGACUGCACCCACUGCCGCGGACACAAGGAGGCCAGGGCCAAGAAGAACGCCAACGAGGCCGCUGAGCCUUUGCUGCCGAGCCAGUUCAUGGUGCACGGAGACGCCUCUUAAGAAGUUCUCGUCGUGUUUGUAAACGAAACACGAUAGCGGAGCCCGUUUCUGCUAAGUUCCUUUCAAUAGUCGAAAGAGAAUCGAGACGUGGACAUUCAUCCCAAAGACAAACCCGCGUGACCCGAUGCAUCCCCUCCAUGCAUCCCCUCCGGUGCCCGGCGUUAAGAAAAAUAAAUUGUGACCGCUUGUAUUUGCCAGAAUUGCGUGAUAUGGGCAGUCGGAGGCACCCGUAACUGAUACCUGAGCUGUGGAGUGACGGGCCUUACGAGUUUAUACUUAGCAUUGUGCCCCGUUAACCCCCGAAAACUUUUGGCAGAUUGUUGUCGAGUCACUUUCCUAACAGCCUGCUGGUGCCAAGCAUAGAAAAGUUCACUAAGGCGACCAUGCACAAAAGCCUGCUUCAUGUUUAUGGAUGCAUCUCAAGCUUAACCACUUCGUUAAGCAAUUUACCAUUUCUUAGCCAAGUGCUGGGCGCUAUGCAUUUUUCAUUUCUUUUAACAUUUCGCUGUUUUGGAUUGUCCUUGGGCUUUUGAUGAUGUUGCAGUCCAUAUUGUUUGCCCUGUGUCUGUGAUAAUUGUGUUACACAGUCUGUGAGCAGUACCUUGUUGAGCUGCGGUGCUUAGUGGCAGACUUAAUUUCACUUUAAGUGGGAGGGAGGAAUAACACUGGAGUCUGCCGCCCACAAACAAGACGAUAGCUGUUGUGUUGAAAGACGUUUCCACGAAAAGAAAAGAAAAAGCUUGUUUUUCUGCAAACUGUCUGUACAAAUGUUGCCAAUAAAGGAAAGACUGAAA